GUCAGUGGAGUUAAGGAGAAAAACAAGACGCAGUGGUGCGAUGUCGGACAUAGUUCUGUCUACACCUUCUAAACAUGUUUAUGCAGAGUCAGAAGCCAGUGAUACAAGUACAUCUUCUAGGCUGAAUACUCCCAGAAGAUCAACUAGAAGACAAUCUUUGACAGCUACUUCUAACACGCCAGGAGACUUGAUACCCGAGGAAUAUCUGACACAGAGAAGACUGACCCGAAAUCAACAUUCACAACUUCAGAAGAGUUUUGAGCUCUCAAUGUCAGAUACACCGAGACUUUCGAGGCUAGAAGACUUACCAGAAGAAGAUUCAGAAGGAGAUGCCUCAGAAAUAAUUACUCCAGUCAGAUCAUCAACCAGGAAUAAAAUGUCCCAUAAGUAAUUAAAUUAAGUAAGUAAAUUAGAGACAAAGCACUUUACGUUGUUUAUUCCUAAUGAAGAGAAAUUUGUUCGGUUUAAUUCUUUUUUUGUAUGUUCUGGCUACUUAACUUAGAUACUAUGUAAUUCCUAUAAAAUAAUUUAGAUUUAAACCGUGUAUUUUAUCUGUAAG